AUGUCUGAGCUGGAGAAGGCCAUGAUUGCCAUCAUUGAUGCAUUCCACCAGUACUCAGGGAAGGAGGGAGACAAGCACAAGCUGAAGAAAUCAGAACUGAAGGAGCUAAUUAACAACGAGUUGACCCACUUCCUUGGUGAGAUCAAAGACCAGGAGACUGUGGACAAAGUCAUGGAGGCGCUGGACAGCGAUGGGGAUGCAGAGUGCGACUUCCAGGAGUUUGUAGCCUUCAUUGCGAUGGUCACCGCUGCUUGCCAUGAGUUCUUUGAGCAUGAGUGAGAUGGUGGGAAGCAGGUGAGCACCUCCUGCUCAUGCCGGAGAGAUGCAGUGCAGCAUCGCUCCUCCGGGAAAAGGACUGGGUGCAAUUAGGAGCUCCUUGGAGUUAAGCUUGUGCUAGACUUAAGCAGCUUAUUAAGUUCUGUGGCUUUGUGAAUAAGAAACAUCUGCACAGUUCAGGAAAGCUUAUCAGCCAGUGCCCACCUGGCUGGAUGCAGUGUGCGAAUGCCUUGUCUCAAGCUCCUUCCCUGCUGCUGUAUGCAAGGGACAUGCAUGGGGCUGGAGCCAGGUGGACGCUGUGAUCCAAGCUUGCUUGCAAAGGGAAAAGGGAAAUUCAAGGGCUGAAGUAGGAGGUGAUGCAGAGGGGCUGGUUACAGAAGCCUGGUUCUGAGCCCACUGGCCUGAACAGAAAGGCUCCCGUUGAUUCCUGUGGGCUCUGACCGCUCUUGUGCAUGGUACUAACACAGGCAGCACAGCCCCUGUCCCGUCACAGGGGCUCAGCAGAGCCCACGCAUUUCUUGGCAAAUUGAGACACCCUUGGCUUGAAA